AGGUAGAUGAGAGUCGCGUCAAAAUGGUCUUCGAAAGCUUGGUGGUUGACGUCCUCAACCGGUUUUUAGGGGACUACGUUGUGAACCUCGACAGCUCGCAGCUGAAACUCGGCAUCUGGGGAGGUGAUGCUGUUCUUAGAAAUCUUGAAAUUAAGGAGAAUGCCUUGAGUCAACUUGACAUUCCUUUUAAAGUCAGAGCCGGUCAUAUAGGACGGCUGGAGCUUAAGAUUCCUUGGAAGAACCUUUACACCCAGUCAGUGGAGGCGACACUGGACGGUGUCUUUCUGCUUAUAGUACCCACAGCAAGUAUAAAGUAUGACGCAGAAAAAGAGGAAAAGCAGCUACAGGAGGCUCGUCAGAGGGAACUACAGCGAAUAGAGGAGACGAAGCUGAAGGCUGCUGAGCAAGAAAACCCCGGCCUGGAGAAACAGGACACCUUUGUGGAGAAGCUCGUCACUCAGGUCAUCAAAAACCUGCAGGUCAAAAUCUGUAACAUCCACGUACGCUAUGAAGACGAUGUCACUAAUCCAAACUGUCCUUUGUCCUUUGGAGUGUCCCUUAAAAACCUCAGCCUUCAGACAGCGGAUAAGAACUGGAAUCCAAGUCUGCUGGAUGAAAAUUCCCGGCUUUUCUUUAAGUUGGUUCAGCUCGACGACUUGUUUGCCUACUGGAAUGUCAACUCGACUCUCUUCUCUAAUCACAGUGCGGACGAGGCUUUGCGAUGUCUUCAGAGUAGCAUGGAAACCAACAGCUCUCUCUCUGUCGGCCAUGACUUCAUUUUCCGUCCAAUCUCAGCCGACGCUAAACUGCGGAUGAAUCCCCGCUCAGAUGUGGACUUCUCCUCUCCUAAAGUGGACCUCAUGGUCAAUCUGAGUGAGGUGGCCAUUGAACUGAACAGAGCCCAGUACAUUAGCAUCUUGGAGCUGCUGGGCUCAGUGGACAUGAUGUCACGCAACCUGCCGUACAGGAAGUACAGACCCGCGGUCCAAGUUCACACCAAUGCCCAUAUAUGGUGGAAGUACAUAAUAACAGGCACCCUGGAAGUGGACGUGAAGCCUCGUCUCCACAUGUGGUCAUGGGAUCAGAUUCGCCGCCACCGGCAGAUGGUGAAACGCUACAAAGAGCUCUACAAGACCAAAAUCACCAGCAAGAAACCCAGCGAGGAGCUGCUCAAGGCGCUAGAGGGGCCUGAGAAGACCUUGGAUAUUUUUAACAUCACGUUAGCCAGACAGCAGGCUGAGGUGGAGGCGAGUAAAGCAGGCUUGUGUAUCUACCGUCCGGGGUUAAAGAUGGAGGAGGAGCAGUCCCAGGGUUGGGUAAGCUGGAUGUGGAAUUGGGGAGCAGAGCCAGAAGAGGAAAGAAAAGAAGUCAAGACUGGAGGUUUUGAUGAGCUGUUAACCUCCGCUGAGAAAGCUAAACUCUACACUGCCAUCGGAUACAGCGACGCCACCACUGCUAAUCCCAACCUGCCAAAAAAUUUUGAAGACAUGAAGGUGAACUUCCACAUGGAGAGGCUGACCGUGUCCAUCAAAGACAAGCAAGACAAGAACGAGAUCAUCAAGCUGACUGUGGAAGAGCUCCUGUCCACACUCACACAGAGACCCGGAGCACAAGCUAUCAAAAUCACAGCUCAGCUCAGUUUGUUUGAAGUCACAGGCCUGGCCAGUAACCGACCUGCACCUACGCUCCUGUCGUCCCGUAAGGCAGCCACAGGAUCGGGCACCCCGCUGCUCUGCAUCCUGUUUGAGACCAACCCGCUGGACGAGAGCGCCAACCAGCGGCUCCAUGUGGAAUCACAGCCUUUAGAAAUCAUCUAUGAUGCUAUAACGGUGAACAGCAUGUCGCUGUUCUUCAUGCCUCCUGACGACCUGCAGCUGGACGAGCUCACCAACGCCAUCAUGAAACUGGAGCAGUUUAGAGACCGCACAGCCACAGGUUUAAUGUACGUGAUCGAAACCCAGAAAGUUCUGGACCUGAAGGUGAACCUGAUGGCCUCGUAUGUCAUCAUUCCACAGACGGGCUUCUACAACGGCACGCAGAACAUCAUGCUGCUGGAUCUCGGUCAUUUCCAGAUGUCCAGUCAAAGCAAGAAGCACCUGCCUCAGCUGUCAGUGGGCUCCUGCAACAUUGAAGACCUCAUGUCGAGAGCGUACGACAGCUUUGAUAUCCAGCUAAGCAGCCUGCAGUUUCUUUACAGCAAACCAGAUGGUGACUGGAAAAUGGCCCGUAAGCAGAAGCGUUCACCUCUCCACAUCCUAGAGCCGGUGGAUCUUAAGGUCGUUUUCAGCAGGGCGAUGGUUGUCAAAGACUCCCGCAUGGCAAAGUAUAAGAUGUCUGGAGAGCUCCCCCUGCUGUCUCUUCGUAUUUCUGACGUCAAACUUCGGAGUGUUCUGGAGCUGGUAGACAGUAUCCCACUGCCCGAGAGCAGACCUGCAAACAGCUCGGCUCCUUCCAAGCCGAGGUCGUUCACCCCUCAGCUCACUCCCAGGAGACCUCUGAACCUGGCUGACCAGCGCUCGUCUCUCAUGUUCGAGUCAUGUGAGACCAUCAGCAUCACCUCAUUGGGCUCAGAAGAAGAUUUGUUCUAUGACGCUCCCAGCUCUCCCAUUGGUGAAAAACCAUUCUUCGCAGAUAACCCCAUGCCACUGCGCUACGCGGACUUGCACAAAAGAAAAGGUCUGAUCAAGGAAGAUGUGAAGAAAAACAUGACUGACCUCAUCUUGACCUUUGAAAUCAGUGAGUUUUCUGUUCAGUUGUGUCGUCUGUCUGAGGAUCAGGAGGUCCCGGUGCUCCACCUGGACAUAGAGGGUCUUGGCACUGAACUGAAACUACGCACCUUUGACAUGACAUCCAACACCUACCUGCGAGAGAUCUGCCUCAAGUGCCCUGAAUACAUGGAUUCUGAAGAAAAGCAGGUUCAGCUGAUCACCACACUGGAUAACACAGAGGUGGACCUUCUUACCCUGGAGUAUAUAAAGGCUGAUAAGAACGGACCUGAGUUCAGAUCCCAACACAACAACACAGAGCAGCUUAUUAAGGUGACCUUCUCCUCCCUGGACGUACAUCUCCAUACAGAGGCUCUUCUCAACACCAUGAACUUCCUCACCAACCUCCUCCCUCCCUCCACAAAGAAAGAGGGAGGCACGGAGGAGCUGCCCACCAUCCCCGAGGAGGACGAGAGCGAGGCAGAGAAGGAGGGCGAGAAGAAGGGAGAAGCAGCGAUCACCAAGAAAAAGAGUACAAAAAGUAAAAAGUUUGCAGACGUGGUGAAUCUGCAUAUCAGAGCGGAUCUCCGCUGUCUGAAGGUUUUCAUCCGAGGACAGAAAGCCAGGAUCUGUGAGAUUAGAAUCGAAGGUCUGGUUUCUGAGGUUCUGAUGAGGAAGAAGGAGAUGGAGGUUCUGGCCAACCUGAAAAACAUUGUGAUCCUGGACUGUGACAAAGAUGCCUUUUACAAGAAGGCCGUGUCGAUAGCAGAUAAGGAAGUGUUUGCCUUCCGCAUGGUAAACUAUACAGACGCCACAGAAGGGGACGCCUAUCUGGACAUGUCUAAAGUCGACACCUUUGUCACGCUGACUGUGGGAUGCAUCCAGGUCGUCUUCCUCAACAAGUUUGUCUCUUCCAUUCUGGCGUUCAUCAAUAACUUCCAGGAGGCUAAAGAUGCCCUCACCGAGGUGACGGUCCAGGCCGCAGGAAAGGCCGCGUCGGGUGUCAAGGAACUGGCGGAGCGGAGCACGCGGAUCGCUCUAAACGUCCACUUUAACGCGCCCGUCAUCUUCCUGCCCCAGUCCUCCACUUCCUCCAACGUCAUCGUAGCUGACCUCGGUUUGCUGUCCGUCAAGAACGAAUUUGCCAAGCAGCCUUGUAAAAGCAACACGAAGAUCCCGCCUGUUGUGGAUCGAAUGGCUGUGAAGCUGACAGACCUCAAGAUGUACAGGACCACUUAUAUAAAUGAAGGUUUUCAAGGAGAGACACAGCUGUUGAAGCCCGUCAGCCUGGACCUGGAAAUCCAGAGAAAUCUAUCAUCCAACUGGUACCACGACAUUCCUGACAUAGAGAUCACUGCUCAUCUUAAACCAAUGAGUCUGAUCCUGAGCCAGGACGACAUGACGGUGGUCCUGAGGACUCUGAGUGAAAACCUGUCUGAGAAGUCGGAUGCUGUUCCAGCGCUCCCUCCUCUGCCCACCACGGACCACUCCUCUGACUCUGUGUCUAACAAAGAGUCUCAGGGCUCUGGAACCACAGGACCAGCCAGCAGUAACACGGUAGUGACGGCGGCUGUCGUGGAGACUCAGAAAACCAGAAAGCUGAAGAGCACGCUCAAAUUGGACUUCAAGUUUGACUCGAUGACGCUGGUCUUGUACAGCCCCAAUGGCAAUGUGUUACAGGUGUUGGAUUCACACGAUGAGCAGCUGAAGUUGGCAGAGUUCACUCUGGGCACCAUCUCCACCUCCGUCCACAUGUUCUCCGACAGCUCCAUGAAGGCGUCAGUGCGACUGGCUGCCUGUCUUCUCGAUGAUAAGAGACCCAGGAUCAAGAUGGUCACUCCGAGGAUGAUAGCGAUGCGUCCCGGUGCCGAGCAGCACAUGAUGGUGGAGGUGAACUACCAUCAGGGCCGUGAUGGCACCACCUUGGACACAGUGGUGCAGGAUAUUUACCUGUGUGCCAGCAUGGAGUUCCUGCUCACUGUGGCAGACAUCUUCCUCAAGGCCACCCAGCAGGGUUUUGCUCAAGUGCCGCAGCCCAAGAGCAGUUCAGGAGGAGCGGAUAAAAAGAACAUUAGCACCUCCAUCGCAUCUAAAGAGUCAACUCCAGCUGCAGCUGCAGCCGUGGUGUCAAAGACAGAGAUGAACGUUGUGGUGAGAAACCCGGAGAUUGUGUUUGUGGCUGACCUGACGCGUGCCGACGCCCCGGCCCUGGUGAUGACCACAGAGUGCGAACUAGUGAUGAAAAGUGAUGCAGAGGGGUCCCAGAUGACCGCUGCAAUCAAGGACCUCAAGGUGGUGGCCUGUCCCUUCUUGAGAGAGAAGCGGAAAAACAAUGUGACGACGGUGCUGCUGCCGUGUCAGGUGUUCUUCCAGAGUACGCAGACCCCGACCUCCCCUCAGGCCAUGGAGGUCUCCAUCAAUGCUCUCACUCUGAAGGUGUCUCCAAUCAUCAUCAACACAGUGAUCACCAUCCAAUCAGCACUGACGCCCACAGCGGAGACCCCUGAGGAGCUGGAAAGUCCCGUUCCUGUGGACUUGUGGCAGAAGCGGGGCUGGAAGGAGCUCAAACUCUGGUUCCUAGAAGAGGAGGGAGAUGAGGACACGGCAUCACUGGCCCCACUGAUACCACAGGGAGAGUCUUUACAGGUGAGCAUCAAGUCGAUAUGUCUGACUCUGGAGGCUGGAGUGGGACACCGCACAGUCCCAAUGCUUCUGGCCAAGUCCUCCUUCCAUGGAGACGUCACAAACUGGUCAACGCUCAUUAAUUUACACAGCGAGCUCAACCUGGAGGUUCAUUAUUAUAACGAGGUAAUGGGAGUAUGGGAACCGCUGCUGGAGCCAUUAGAGGAUGAGACAAGGGACGGUUUCAGACCAUGGAGACUGGAAUUAAAGAUGAAGAAGAAGCCGGUGAAGUCCACUAGAUUGUCAGAUGAGGUGGAUUACCAGAUCCCUGACUAUAAGACCGUCAUUGUCGUCAGCAGUAAAGACCAGCUCAACAUCACCCUCUCCAAAUGUGGACUGGCCAUGCUGAGUAACCUUGGCACGGCGUUUGCUGAAGCUGCCAAACAGACAGCUGACUCCUUCCAGAAAGACGAAGCUCCAUUUGUAGUGAAAAACCGCCUGGGCCUGCUGGUGUCCGUCCGCCACAGUGACAUGUUUAGUCCCAUCGGCCAGCAGAGCACCAACAACACCGUGCAGCUUCAAGACGGGGAAACCCUCGGGAUGGACUAUUCAAGAACAGACUCAGACCAGUUCUCUGCUAUGAUCUCCCUGAGUGGAAAGGACUACUACAUACAGCCCACUCCAAUGGGCCACACCUCAGCCAGCGUGAUCCCCCUGAUCAAGGUGGGCAGAGGAAUGUACAGCGUCAUGCACAAAGAGUCAGGAGUCACUCGUUUCCUCGUCUGUCAGAUUUACUCUGUGGAGGGCAGCAAGUACAUCAAGAUCCGCUCUCCUUUCCAGAUCAUCAACCAUUUCUCAAUCCCCUUCAAAGUUGAAGGAUCAACAUGUCUGGGUACAGCUCUCCCCACUGAAGAGUUCUGCGUUCCUCUGGACUCAUACCGGUCUGAGCUGAGUCUUCAGCCGAUAAUGGAGGACGACGCUGACAGCAAAGAGGAAGAGUUCGAGAGCUCAGAGGGCUUCAGCUACGAAGACGUCAGCAACCAGCAGUCAGAGACACGCCUCCAGCAGACUUGCCGUCGCCGCGGAGACCAGGGUGGCGUUUUGAUUGUCAACAUUGUGCCGGUAAAAGACGCCGUGACGUUCAGAGACACCGGAGGAGUCGGGGAGAACUUUGAUGUGCCCUUUGUGCUUCACCUUUGGCCUUCUGUCCUGCUCCGUAACCUGCUGCCCUACCCCAUCUCAUACAAACUGCAGGACAGUGGGGUCUCUGCUCCUGAAGCCACUCUGGACCCGGGUCACUCUGCACAGCUCUAUACUGCAGUCAUCAACCAGUCAAGUCUGGAUCUCUGCCUGCAGAGCUACCUGGCUCAGGACUGGUGUGCUAAGUACAGUCUCCAAAGUGACCAGGAGGAGAUCACCUUCAUCGUGUUCCAGUCUCUAAGAGAGAGCGAUGAAGACGAUGGGGAAGGGGAGGAGAGGAAGAGGGCUGAGCUGGAUAUAGCGGUGCAUGUUAAAUAUGACCUGGGACAAACCGUGAUCGCUUUCCACUCGCCCUACUGGAUGGUGAACAAGACGGGCAGGUUGCUGCAGUACAAGGCGGACGAUAUCCACCGCAAACACCCGCUGGACUACGACAUGCCUCUGCUCUUCUCCUUCAAGCCCCGAUACUUCCUGAAAAAUAAUAAGGUGCGUCUUAUGAUCUCAGACAGCGAGCUCUCAGAUGAUUUCUCUCUGGACACUGUGGGCAGCCAUGGAGAUGUCAAAUGUAAAGGCCGGUACAAAGAUUACCUGGUGGGUGUGAAGAUCGACGCGAGCAGCUUCAGUUUGACUCGCAUCGUGAGCUUUGUGCCGUUUUACAUGCUGGUCAACAGAACAAAGCACAGCGUCUUCAUCUGUGAAGAAGGACAGGACAACUGGACCGAGGCUCAGCCCGAGCAGUCAGCUAUUCCCUUCUGGCAGAACGACACCAAGCGGCUGAAGAUCAAAGUAGACGGGUGUUUAUUGCCUCCUCGAACGAUUGACUUCACACGGCCAGAAAACUGCCUCCUACUGCACCUGGACAACUCUGUGGGCGGGAUCAUUGUAGACGUGAACCUAUCAGAGCACUCCGCCACCAUCCGAUUCUCCGAGUACCACGACGGUGCAGCGCCUUUCCUCAUCAUCAACCACACCAAAGACCAGACUCUGCGCUUCCAUCAGAGCUCUCAGAAGGAGGCAGAGCAGGAGGAGCUGGAGGCGGGGAAAGCGGUGCACUACACCUGGACUGAGCCCACGGGGUCCCGCGAGCUGUACUGGAGCUGUGGUGCUUACAGCGGGAAGCUGAAGAGUGAGGAGGACACACUUCAGGACAUGAACACCGAGGGGCGACUGUUCUUGAUCUCCUUCUAUGAAGGUCUCCAGCGUGUUGUGCUGUUCACCGAGGAUCAGCACAUCUACAAGCUGCUCUGUGAGAGCGAGAAGGCGCAGCUGGCUGAACAGGAAAUCAUCUUGUCGCUCAGGAACGUCGGCGUCUCUCUGAUCAACAACAGCAGCAGCCAGGAGGUCUCCUUUAUCGGGAUCACAAGCUCCAAUGAGGUGUGGGAAUUGAAGCCGAAGAAGAAGAAUCGCUGGAAGACUCUGAGCACUAAAGAAGCCGAGCUGCUGGAGAACAAGUAUAAGGAGUACAUUGACUCUGGACCCGUGGACAACGCCAUUGUGGAACUGGAAAACAACUUCCAGGUGAUUUUCACUCCAAACGGCAUGGAUAUGCGGAUGCUGGAGCCGUGUGAUGCUCCUCUCAGGAGGCACUUCUUGCCCGGGGUGAAAGUGGAGUACAGCGUCUCAGCUCGACAGAGCGCCUACCGUGUACAGAUUCACCGUAUUCAGAUCCAGAAUCAGCUGCCAGGAGCGAUAUUCCCCUACGUGUUCUAUCCUGUAAAACUGCCAAAAUCCAUCACCAUGGAUUCAGAACCCAAACCUCUAACAGACAUCAGCAUUGUAACGAGGACAGCAGGGCACUCUGACAUCUCACGCAUCAAGUACUUCAAGGUGUUGAUUCAGGAGAUGGAUCUGAAGCUGGAUCUUGGCUUCCUGUAUGCCAUCCUGGACCUGUUCACAGCUGAGUAUGCCAGCACCACCAGCUCAGAGCAGGAGGUGGAACUGUUUGAGAAGGACAUAGAGUACAUCAAAACAGAACUGAACCACGUCUCUGCUGCAGACAACUCUCCAGUCAGCCUCUAUGAGUACUUCCACAUUUCACCCAUCAAGCUUCAUCUGAGUUUCUCUUUGAGUUCUGGAGGAGAAGACGGCAUGAAGGAGAAGAGAGACAAAGAGCUCAUUCCUGUUCAGUCGCUCAACCUGCUGCUGAAGAGCAUCGGCGCCACACUCACCGAUGUGCAGGACGUUGUCUUCAAGCUGGCCUUCUUUGAGUUGACCUUCCAGUUUUGUACAACCCAGCAGCUGCAGUGGGAGGUCAUCAGGCAUUACUCAAAGCAGGCUAUUAAACAGAUGUAUGUUUUGGUUCUGGGCCUGGACGUUCUUGGAAACCCUUUUGGACUGAUCAGAGGGCUGUCAGAAGGAGUGGAAGCCUUUUUCUAUGAGCCUUAUCAGGGAGCCAUCCAGGGGCCUGAGGAGUUUGUUGAGGGAAUGGCUCUGGGCGUGAAGGCUCUGGUGGGAGGAGCUGUAGGUGGUAUAGCGGGCGCUGCCUCCAGGAUCACAGGCGCCAUGGCAAAGGGCGUCGCUGCCAUAACGAUGGACGAAGAAUACCAGCAGAAGAGACGAGAGGCGAUGAACAAACAACCCAGCGGCCUGAGAGAGGGGCUGACCAGGGGAGGAAAGGGAUUAGUGUCUGGAUUUGUCAGCGGGAUAACAGGGAUUGUCACCAAACCAAUCAAAGGAGCCCAGAAGGAGGGUGCAGCUGGAUUUUUUAAAGGUUUUGGGAAAGGUCUGGUCGGUGCAGUCGCCAGACCAACGGGCGGCAUAAUCGACAUGGCCAGCAGUACUUUCCAAGGGAUCAAGAGGGCAGCGGAGACUUCACAAGACGUUGAAUCUCUUCGCCCUCCUCGCUUCAUCCACGAAGACGGUGUCAUACGCCCAUAUAAGAAGAGGGAGGGCUUCGGCAGCCAGAUGCUCCAGAAAAUUGAGAAUGGACGUUUUGCCAAGUACAGAUACUUUGCUCACGCUAAGGUCAACGACUCGGACUUCCUCAUGAUCACAAAAAGGGGAGUAUUUUUUGUGACUAAAGGCACGUUUGGUCAGUUUACCUGUGAGUGGCAGUAUCUGUUUGAAGAGUUCACCAAGGAGCCGAUGAUCGUAGAGAGCCGUCGACUACGCAUCGAAGCCAAGGAAAGAGUGAAAUCAGUCUUCCACGCCAAGGAAUUUGGAAAGAUCAUAAAUUUCAAAACGUCUGAGAUUGCCACGUGGGUUCUUUCCAAACUGGAAGAAGCAAGAGAGAGUUUACCGAAGUAAUGAGCAAUCAAGACGAGUUAGAAAACACACACAGACACACCACCUGUGUGUGAGCCAGUGCCUUCGUUAAAACUGCAUGCUACUGUUGUUUACCUUUAAACACACAACAAACCAGUACGUUGACUGUUGGUGUGUGACGGAGGUAAAAAAACAAAAUAAAAGCUCAGUGAGUAGUGUGUAUGUGUGCAUGCCAAGAAAAAAAGUGCUACAAAUGGUCAGCUGGUGACUUGCAUUCAUUUAGCUCAGAUCACACUGAACCAGACUUCACAGUCUUCAGUCUGUUUGCACUCAUCAUCUGUAUCAUUGAUUUUUAAAGACUGAUUGUAUUGACAUUAAAGCUGAAUCUUACGUUCUAAACACACCUCAUCACUCAUGUGCAUUCAGAGUCUUUUCAGUUUGCCUUUAUAGUGCCACAGUUCAGUUUGCCACACACACACACACACGGUGUCGAAGCAUCGCUUACAACAUUGAGGCCAAAUCAAGCAUAAUUGUUGUAGCACAAUUAACAUUGUUGUACAUUUUACUGGAUUAUACAAAAGGGACACUUAUUUAAAAUGUGAGGUGAGGCUUUAUAACACGUAAUUUAAACUACUGUGUCUGCUUUCUUUUACUUUCUUACUCUAUAUUCUCUUUCUUUUAUACAUUUUCUGCAAAAAUGACGACUGUUCAGUGUGUGAUUUAGAGACGCAUGUUAUUUUUAUAUUGUACUGGGUAUCAGUCUGCUGUAUAUUGAUCUAAUAAAGUAUUCUAUCUGUAUAUAUAUAUCUAACCUCACACGGUGGCCUGUAUUGAGGCAUUACAGGUUGUAAUUUUGUGAAUUUUUUGUUUUUAUACCACACAUAUGCAAUGCCAAAUAUAUUACUGAAUUAUGCAGAGAGAAUAUAUUUAAAAAGAGAGAAAUCCUAAUAAUGGUCAGCUGCUGUUUACUAUGUGGGAAUGGUUUGACAUUUGCUUUGGUUUUUCGGGUGCUACGCAGCUUCACUCGACAAAUAGUUUCUGUUUUCAUGUUUGUCAUUUAUGCUUUUGGUGGCUUCGUGUUUUUCUCCUAAUGUUUUCAAACAAGAUUUAAUAAAAUGUGUGUUUCAAGUUU